AUGUCAAAAUCCGCAGAGGAAUUUAUCGAGUUCGAGUCGAACCCUGACAAACUCGGGGAAGAACUCGACCAAGCCGCCCUGUAUCAGGUCUAUGCGUCCAAAAGCCCUGAAUGGCAUCGAUGCAUGACUCGACAGCUACUGCGCAAGGUGGACCUUCAUCUGUUGCCAUUUCUCAUCCUUAUGUACCUCUUGAACUUCUUAGAUCGCAACAACCUAUCCCAGGCGCGUCUGGGCACGCUCGAGGAGGAUCUGAAGAUGAACGGCACCGACUACAACCUGGCCACGAGCAUCCUUUUCGUGGGGUAUCUGCUGAUGCAGCUUCCGUCAAAUCUCCUGUUGACGCGCGUGCGACCGUCCUUGUUUCUGGGCAUCGCCAUGGGCAUCUGGGGCGCCAUAUCCGCCUGUCAAGCAGCGACACAAUCGUUCGGGGGCCUCGUCGUGUCGCGCUUCUUUCUGGGCUUCGUUGAGGCGCCGUUCUUCCCGGGGGCAGUGAUGUUGAUGUCGAGUUGGUAUACCAGACAGGAGUUGAGUCAUCGCAUUGCUUGGUUUUACGCCGGCAGUUCUCUGGCCAACGCAUUUGGCGGAUUGAUCGGAGCUGGUGUGCUGGGAAAUCUGCACAACGCGCAUGGCAUUGCCGGCUGGCGCUGGCUGUUCAUCAUUGAAGGUUGCAUCACCGUCGGAGUGUCCCUCGUGGCAGCAUUCAUGCUCCCCAACUACCCGGCUACAACCUCGUGGCUGGAUCACAGCGAGCAAUCCUACGCACAGUGGCGUCUCAUCGCCGACGCCGGCGAGGCGGACGACACCAACUCCGGUUCUAUCAAAGAGGCCCUGUAUCUGGUGUUCACGGACAAGCGCAUUUACCUGUUCGUCCUGCUGCAGCAUUCGUCGCUCCUAUCGCAGAACUUCCAGUAUUUCUUUCCGACGAUCGUGCAGACCCUAGGGUAUAACAAUAUCAUCACGCUGCUGAUCACCGCGCCGGUUUGGAUGGCGACCUUCCUGAUCUCGUUGGUGGUGACCUGGACGUCCGGACGGACCAACGACCGCGGAUUGCAUAUCAUUGGCCUGAUGAUGGUCAGCGUGGUUGGGUGUAUCAUCUGCACGGCGACGUCUAACGUCGGCGCCAAGUUCUUCGGCAUGUUCCUGAUGCCCAUGGGCGCCGUGUCGGCCUACCAGAUCAUCAUCGCCUGGGUGGCCAACUCCUUCCCUCGUCCGCUAGUGAAGCGCUCUGCCGCGAUCGCCGUCGCCAACAUGAUCGGGAACACCGCCUCCAUCUACGGUAGCUACAUGUGGCCAGCUAGCUCGGGGCCGCGGUAUAUCCCUGGGGGGAGUGCCACGGCGGCCGUGGCUCUCUUCGUUGCCGGGGUAGCGUGGGUUAUCCGCGUGGUGCAUGCGCAUAUGAAUCGGAAGCUGGACGAGGAAGAGGGACCGGAGCCAGAGGGAGAGGAUCGGACGGUCAGAUUUCGAUAUAUUCUCUGA